UUGUACGAUUUUAGUAUUUGUGCUUUUGUUUGACCGGGUUCGUAGUCCAACUGAAAUAAACUGAACAUAUAUAUAAAAGGAAAAAUUCUGAUUGUCAAAGGAAAACAAGGAAUUAUAAAGAAAACAAUUUUGAAGUGAUUGCUCGCUUUUUUUAAACUGAAUUUUUUCUUUUCAUUCUGUAUUCUCGCUGAGAUUAUUGAACUUAAAAAAGUAAGAAACGUUAGUAAAUAUGUCGCGAGAUAGUGCAACAAACCAAUUGAUUGAUUACAGAAACAAUUUGACGGUUUCUCCGGGUGCUAUUACCACUGGUUCUGGAAAUCCGGUUGGCAUUAAAGAUGCUUCGAUGACGGUAGGACCGAAAGGUCCGUUGCUUUUGCAAGAUGUUCAGUUUUUGGAUGAGAUGGCCCAUUUUGACCGUGAACAUCCUGAGCGUGUUGUUCAUGCUAAGGGUGGCGGCGCGUUUGGAUAUUUUGAAGUCACUCACGACAUUACCAAAUAUUGCGCAGCUUCACUUUUUGAAAAAGUUAAAAAACGUACUCCUAUUGCGAUACGCUUUUCUACGGUGGGUGGUGAAAGUGGCUCUGCCGAUACCGUUCGUGAUCCUCGUGGUUUUGCUAUGAAGUUUUAUACCGAGGACGGCAUUUGGGAUCUAGUGGGCAAUAAUACUCCGAUUUUCUUUAUACGCGAUCCAGUUCUCUUUCCCAGUUUCAUACAUACUCAGAAACGUAAUCCCCAAACUCAUUUAAAGGAUGCAGAUAUGUUUUGGGAUUUUCUUACUUUGCGACCGGAAUCUACGCAUCAGGUGUGCUUUUUGUUCAGCGAUCGUGGCAUACCGGACGGUUUUCGUCACAUGCAUGGCUAUGGAGCGCAUACUUUCAAGAUGAUUAAUGGGAAGGGUGAACCUAUUUAUUGUAAAUUUCAUGUCAGAACUGAGCAAGGCAUUCAAAAUUUGGAUGUAAAACGUGCUGAAGCAUUGACAGCAACUGAUCCCGAUUAUUCUAUACGGGAUUUAUAUAAUUCCAUUAAGAACGGAAAUUAUCCGAGUUGGAUUAUGUCUAUACAGGUGAUGACUUUUGAUCAGGCUAAGAAAUUCAAGUACAAUCCUUUCGAUGUCACCAAAGUUUGGUCACAUCGUGAUUUCCCCUUGAUUCAGGUGGGUAAGUUGAUACUCGACCGUAAUCCUACCAAUUAUUUCGCAGAAAUAGAGCAACUUGCUUUUAGUCCGGCCCAUUUAGUGCCUGGCAUUGAACCUUCGCCAGAUAAAAUGUUACAGGGACGUCUGUUUUCUUAUUCCGAUACCCACCGUCAUCGUCUUGGACCCAAUUAUUUGCAAAUACCCGUUAAUUGCCCAUAUCGUGUAGCAGUUAAAAACUAUCAACGAGAUGGUGCCAUGACUGUUACUGAUAAUCAAGGCGGUGCUCCCAACUAUUAUCCUAACUCAUUUUCUGGUCCAGAGACCGACGCUCGAGCACGCAGCCUACAAUCUUGCUGCCCAGUCUCUGGUGACGUUUAUCGUUUUAGCAGCGGUGAUACUGAAGAUAAUUUCAGUCAAGUUACUGAUUUUUGGGUUCAGGUUUUGGAUGAAUGUGCACGCAAACGUUUGGUUAACAACAUUGCAAAUCAUCUCAGUAAUGCCAGUCAGUUUAUACAAGAGCGUGCUGUUAAAAACUUUACCAUGGUUCAUGCUGAUUUUGGCCGCGCUCUAACGGAGGCGCUAAGCUUGGUCAAAUCGUCAAAAAUGUAAAUGAAUCUUCGAUGCCCAACAAUUAAAAAAUCUUAAAAAAACAAAUAUGUGUGUAUGUGUGUGCGUAUGCAGUUUGCUGUUCAAUUUUCCUUUCCUGAAAUAAUUUCUUCGGUUAUAAGAACUUUUGCUGGGUUAUGGUUUUUUUUUUUUUGCUCCACCUUCUGUGUGGGUGAUAUUAUAAUAGAUGUUGCGUGCUGAAAAAAAUUGAGACGAAACUUUACGUUUCUUUUCAGAUUUUCUUAUUUUUUAUAUAGUUCUUGCUUUCAAUGUUCGCAUUAGCGGCAAUUUAUUGACUUCAUUAACAAUUUCUGAAAAAAUAUUUAUAUAUGCAUAUAUAUAAACACGUAUAUGUGUAGAUAAGUACACGUAAUUCUUUUUUCAAUAUUCUUUUUUUUUUUUUGGUUUUUAUAUAUAUCAAGUUAUUACAUUUU